AUGGAUGGUUCCGAUCGAGCUUCGCAAAGCCCAUUCUUGCUUUUGGGAUCAUCAACACAAAUGAGUAUCACAGACCUCCUUGCAGCAUUACCGAGUCGCCAGACUGUUGAUGUGCUUAUAUCCAAGUACUUCGAUUCAAAAGAGCCAUCACUGAUUUUCAUACAUGGCCCAGCCUUCAGAGAGGAGUGUGAUGAAUUCUGGAAGGAUCCAGCAAAAGUCUCUCCAGCGUGGCUGGCAAUCCUCUACGGCGUCAUCUCGUGCGCAACAUGGAUCAGCCAUAUCACCAACAUGGGUACCUCAAAGAUAGGGCCCCAGGAACCAGAGAUUUUUGAACUGUACCGGAAGAAGUGUGCGUUAUGUCUCACAGCCUCAAAUUAUACAGUUCCAGGCCGUUACAAAGUCGAGGCCCUUGGUCUCUACUUUGGGCUGGAAUAUCUUACUAGCAAUAACUUGAAGACGAGCGUUUCAAUUUUGCUAACAAUUUGCAUUCGACUGGCAAUCAUGAUGGGCUAUCAUCACGAUGCCCAGUCGUAUUCACACAUCACAGUAUUCGAUGCAGAAAUGCGUCGACGAGUCUGGCUAUUUUUGCAGUCAACUGACUCCAUGGUGUCCUGGCAAACUGGGCUUCCUCGAGUACUCUUCAACAAAUUAGGCGACACUUCCUUCCCUCGGAAUCUUCUGGAUGAAGAUUUCGGGCCAACGACGUCUGAGCUACCAUACCCACGGCCUGAAACUGACCUUGCUAGCGGAGUCGUUUAUAUGAUAGCCACUGAGCAGGUUCUGUCGGUUACCAGCGAGAUCACAGACAUAAUAUCUACCGGCACUAUAUCCUAUGGGGAAACCGUUCGUCUCAGUCAAAAACUCGAAGUCGCAAAAAGUCGAAUCCCAUAUCCGUUGCGUCUACCGCAGAUAAAUCCUAGCAAAAGAAGGAUCGGCAGCAGCCACAAGCUCCAACAAUACACGCUUGAAAUUACAAUCCAGCGCGCCACGUGUAUCCUCUACCGACAAUACCUCUUGACCAAUCGGUCUGACGAAAAAUACGCACAUCUCCGCGACACUUGUGUAGAUUCUGCGCGCAGGAUACUCAGUUGCCAGGCAGAUUUGUUCCAAGAUGCGGUAGACCAAGCCUGGCAACAUUCUAGGGUCUGGUUUGGCGCUUCUAUCUCAAUUAGCAAUUGUCUUACUGCCGCCAUGAUCAUCUGCUUCGAGAUCAUCUACGUAUCGCAAGCGGAGAGGGGCCCAGAUGACACGUACCGUGCUGGAUUGGUUGAACUACUGCGCAGUUCAUAUGAUACCUGGAAAGUUUUUCCAACAGCUUCAUUUGAAACAUCUAUGGCUGCCGACGCUAUAGCCACAAUGCUCAAUCUCGUGGACUCAUAUGAUUCCAACAAUACCACGUGUACACCUGUUUCUUCGAUUACCCCUGAGAACCGAUAUGAACAUGAGAAUUUUGAGAAUGUUCUCAUUGACCGAGCGGCAACUGUCACACUUGGCCCAUUUUCUGAUAUGCUAGAUAAUGACUCUGAUUUUGUCAUGUUCGAUUGGGGCCUUUGGGAUCGCGAAAUGUUAGAUCUUAACAAUGUCAUUGCAAACCACAUUUCAUUUUGA